AUGAAUUCAUGUAUACCAUCUGGCAAUCUAGCAAAAAAAGAUUGUUGCGAUGACGAAGAUGGUAAUCUAUCAGUUACAAGUUACAUAUCGACUAUAAAUUUCUAUAAUGUUAGUAAAUCAGUUGCAUAUGGACUACAAUCGCAUAAAAAUUCGUCUUCUACUGAAAUUAUACUUGUCAUAUGGGUUAUUACAUUAGUUUGUGAAGAACUUCGACAGGGUAUUGUACUUCGAUAUAUUUCAAUAUCAGAAUACUUUUAUGCAGCACGGAUUGUUUUAUCAUUUGAUUUAUCUAUUUGGUUUAUAUGUACAUUGAAUAUGUUUACCACUGUAAAACUACUUGGGCCUAAACUUGUUAUAAUUGAUGAAAUGGUACAUGAUUUGAAAUUUUUCAUGUUAAUGUCUUUCGUAUUUAUAUUGGCGUUUGGUGUAUCAUUUUAUAGUUUAGUAUUUGGUGUUCAAGAAUUUACUUGGCAUUUAUCACAACUGUCACUCGAUGACAAAAGUAUAACAAAAACUGAAACAACUGAAGACGCAUAUGGUGCUGAAGUUUAUUAUAAUUAUUUAAAACAAGAAAGAAAACUACUUGAUGAACCUGAUCUAGAUGAAGAACGAGUGUAA